UAGAAAAAAUAUUAAAUUAAUUAUUUCUUUAAUCCGUAUGCCGAAAUCUAAAACGACACUUAUAAUGAAACAAGAAUCCCAUGAAACAAAGGGAGUAGUAAACAUAGCCUGGUAUCAAUGAAGUAUACAAGUUGAUAAAUUACGGAGUAAAUAAAAAGUGUAUUGGUUGAAAAAGAAAAUUCUGACGUUCAACGACUUGAACAUUAUAAUCGACAGAUGUGUAAUAUACGCCAUCUUCUAUACAGACAGAGCCAUGUGUUAGUAAGAUAAUAAUAAUAAUAAUAAUAUCUACACUAAUUCCAAAGCUAUAAAACAAAAUAAUACAAUUGUGAAGAAAUAUAUGUUCACUGAAUCAAAUGUUCAGAUGAAGAAGCGGUUGAACAUAAAAAAAGUUAACUGAAUCAAAUGAGACUAAGCUACCGUAAUGCAAAUGUUGAUUCACGUUAGUAUAUGAUAUGAUUCGCAAUUCAUUUAUAAAAUCCCGUUACAGUUCUACAUUCAUUUUACCACGUACUCAAGCAAAGCCGAUCUGUUGAAGAGCAUUGAUUUUUUGCUUUUCUUCGCUAUAUACUGUUGUGCUUGUGUCUUAAUACUUCUCUCAAAGCCGUCUAUGGACCGAAUAAGGUUACAGCUCGUUUGUGUUCGAGAGGGUUAGUUGGGCCGAGACAGGAGGUUAUUGGGCCAUCGUCUUCUUCCCCUUUAAGAUUAUUUUAUUGGUUUCUCGUUCUAUCUUAACGUCGUUGUUAAUUGUGUGUACUCAUUACUUAUUCCCCUUUCUGAUCGUUUAUUGCAAUAUUGCAUCACCAUACAAGUUUAUUUUUUCGAAUAACAUUCUCUCCUCAAAUGUAUAAGGAUAAUAAUUAUAACAAUUUCAAUUUUAAAAUAUAACUUUAUGUACAUUCUUAUCUAGUUAAUUAUAAAGGAGAAGAAUAAACUGAAAAUCAUAUUGAUUUGACCCAAAAAAAAAGAGAUGAGAAAAACUGGAAGAUAAGUGGCUGAAGUUUUUCAGCUAUAUUUAGCUUUCUUAAUUCAUAAGCUAAUCCGUUUACAUCUAUCUACACAUAGUCGAACCGUAUUUGGUAUUAAUUCGCUAUAAACCUGGUAACUGAUUUUACUAGUAAUAUACACUUUGUAAGUCUCGGAAUUUAUUUUCGUUCAUAAAACCAAUGAACAAAUUUAAACGAGCUUUGGGAAAACCAUACAAGUAUGUAUGUUCUGUUCGUAUAUGCGAAUAGCAAAUGUACCGAAUCAUAAGUUGUGAUUUUCAUGUCUAGCAACCCACAGAAUGGAUGUACAACUCAUUUCUAGUUUCCAUUUAUUUUACGUUGUGGGUGCCAAAUGUAAUAGAUUACAUCUAUAUAAUGAUAUAUCCUUUAUUGAUAUAAUAUAAUGAAUGGUUCGUGAAUCUUUUGAUAGUGACAUAUCACUGAACACGGUAGUGGGUAGGACUUCAUAGUCUCAUCAGUCACUUGUCUACCAGUCUGCAUCCCAAGAUUCACCAGCACAACAUUCUCUCCUUAACUCCACCAUUCACACUUCCCCUGUCUCCUAUAAAUAAACCUCUUAACGUUCUACUUCUCAUCCAUCAAACAAAUCCUCUCAAACCAGAGAAAAGAAAAAUUAAAGCAUUCUAAGAAUCUUCAAGAAAAAUGGCGGAUACACAGAUAACUCCACAACAAGUAACCAACGACGACGAACAACUGGCUCUCUUCGCCAUGCAGCUAGCCAGCGCCUCCGUUCUUCCGAUGGUUUUAAAAACGGCGUUAGACCUUGAUCUUCUCGAGACCAUGGCCAAGAAGUCUUCUCCGAUGUCUCCGAUUGAGAUUGCUUCUCAACUUCGUAUCGAAAACCCCAACGCUCCGGUCAUGCUCGACCGUAUUCUCCGUCUUCUUUCGUCUUACUCCAUCCUCAUCUGCUCCGGCGGAUACGGUGUCGAGAGAACUUACGAGCUUGGUCCGGUUUGCAAGUAUUUGACCAAGAACGAUGACGGUGUCUCGAUUGCUGCUCUUUGUCACAUGAAUCAAGAUGAGGUUCUUAUGAAAAGCUGGUACCAUUUGAAAGAUGCAAUUCGUAAUGAUGGGAUUCCAUUUAACAAGGCUCAUGAAGAAAUGACCUCUUUCGAUUACCACGAGACGGACCAUAAGUUCAACAUGGUCUUCAACAAUGGAAUGUCUAAUCAUUCAACCAUCACCAUGAAAAAGAUUCUCGAGACCUAUAAGGGUUUUGAGGGAUUGACGUCUUUGGUUGAUGUUGGUGGUGGCAUUGGUGCUACUCUCAAAGUGAUUCUCUCUAAAUACCCUAACCUUAAGGGCAUCAACUUUGAUCUCCUUCAUGUCAUCAAAAAUGCUACUCCCCAUGAUGGUAUCCAACACGUUGAAGGAGAUAUGUUUAAAAGUGUUCCUGAAGGUGAUGCAAUUUUCAUGAAGUGGAUAUGCCACGAUUGGAGCGACAACAAAUGCGUGCAACUCUUGCAGAACUGCUACAAGGCGCUUCCAGAGAAUGGAAUAGUGAUAUUAGCAGAGUGUCUACUUCCAGAGACAAUAGACACAACAAGCCUCUUGACCAAACAAGUUUUCCAUGUCGAUUGCAUUAUGCUGGCUCACAAUCCUGGAGGUAAAGAACGGACCGAGAAAGAGUUCGAGGAAUUAGCUAAUGCAUCAGGCUUCAAAGGCAUCAAAGUAGUUUGCAACGCUUUCGGGGUUUACAUUAUCGAGUUGCUCAAGAAGAUCGACUAAAGUGUUUAAUUAUGGUUUACUAGCUAAGAGACUCAUGUAGAGUUUCAUUUAUCUGGCUAAUUAAUAUAACUAUCUUAUUUGUGUGGAAACUAAUUAUGUGUUUGAAGAAAAAUAAAAUAAAGUUUGAAUCGAA